UGCAAUAUGGCGCCGGAAAGUGGUAACAGCUGACUGCAGAAGGCUUAUGCCAAGUUUCCGCGACUCUUAUUGCACAACUAGAGACGCAAACGAAAAAGUUGAUAUGCAACUGGACACAACGAUUCAUAUAUGAUAGAAAUACAUAGGUAAAAAUGGACGAUCUCGUCGACCUGUUUGGCACCAGCUCAACAGAGCUACCUGCCUCGCUACCGCCUGAGGUCGAGGAAGGAAACAUAGAAUAUAAACUAAAACUAGUCAACCCAUCAGACUUUCGGUUAGAACACCUGGUAACCCAGAUGAAAUGGAGACUAGAGGAGGGACACGGGGAAGCUAUCUACGAAAUAGGUGUGGAGGACAAUGGGAUGUUGGUUGGACUUACAGAUGUGGAGCUUGAGGCUUCAGUAAGGACACUCAACAAAAUGGCAGAAAGGUUAGGAGCCACCACCUCGGUGCUGAGGGAGAGACAGGUAGACAGUGAUGAAGGUGCAGGAUGUCGCAAACGGGCAUUAGAAAUCCUUGUUAGAAAAGUUCCAGACGACCAACAGUUCAUUGAUCUGCGACUGGCAGUACUGGGGAAUGUAGACGCUGGGAAGAGUACACUGCUGGGUGUGCUUACUCAGGGCGAGCUAGACAAUGGAAGGGGUCGUGCCAGACUAAAUCUUUUCCAGCACCUACACGAAAUUCAGUCAGGGCGAACCUCCAGUAUCAGCCAUGAAAUCCUCGGGUUUAAUAGCAAAGGGGAGAUUGUAAACUACAGUGGAUCUCGAACUGUAGAGGAAAUUUGUGAGAAUUCUUCCAAGCUGAUCACUCUUAUUGACCUUGCUGGACAUCACAAGUAUCUGAAGACAACUAUAUUUGGACUGACUGGUCAUGCCCCAGACUUUGCCAUGCUGGUGGUCAGUGCUAACACAGGAAUGGCGGGGACCACUAAGGAACACCUGGGGUUAGCCCUGGCUCUAAACGUGCCUAUCUUUGUCGUGGUCAGUAAGAUAGACAUGUGUCGUAAGUAUCUGAUGGAGAGGACCGUAUCUCAGCUCGAGAAGAUCUUAAAGUCCCCAGGAUGUAAGAGAGUUCCAAUGCGGAUCAAGACUGAGGACGACUCCAUCACUGCAGCCACCAACUUUGACACAGACAGAAUAACUCCAAUUUUCACCAUAUCAAGUGUAACGGGGAAGAGCUUAGAUCUGCUAACAACAUUCUUGAAUGUUCUUCCCUCUGUGAAAAAUGUCAAGGAACGAGAAAAACUAACUCAAGACCUUACAGAAUUCCAGAUUGACACUCUGUUUUCGGUGCCAGGAGUGGGGAGUGUUGUGGGAGGCACCAUUCACAGGGGGUCUAUCAAAGAGGGAGACUGUCUACAGCUGGGGCCUGUAGAGGGGGGAGAGUUCCGCAAGGCUGUCGUCAAAACAGUACACAGAAACCGCAUGCCAUGUCGCUUCAUUCAAGCUGGGCAGACAGCCACAGUAGCCCUAGCUAAUGUGGAGAGGGAGCAAUUACGCAAGGGUAUGGUGCUGGUGAGUCCAGAGAUGAUCAUCAGUGCAUGUGAGGAAUUUGACGCAGACAUAUACCUCCUGUACCACUCCAAACAAAUCACGACCGGGUUUGAGGCCACCAUACACGUCGGAAGUGUAUGCCAGACCUGUAAGAUCAUAGAGAUUGAAGGAAAGGAAUCCAUCAAAACCAAUGAGAAGGCCCGUGUUAAGUUUAGGUUGUUGAAACAGCUCGAGUACAUGAGAGUAGGGUCCCGUCUUCUUUUCCGCCAGGGCACCACCAAGGGCAUGGGGGAGAUAGUCAAGACUAUACCAUGGCGAAAUGAGGAGGCCAUGCGUUAAACCAGGAACAAAGUUUUAAAUUGUGUCUUUUUGAAAUGAUUUUACUUUAUUUAUUGGAUCUAGUCUGUUUGGAUAUAUAUUGGAAUGGCGGCAGCCGACCAAAUACUACCUAUAUCAUCAAAUGGAGUGUAUUAACAAGUGUGUUUUUCUAGUAUAAUUUUCCAGUAUUUUAAUGAAGUGUAAGUGACCUGUACAUUAUUUUUACCAGUGAUCUGUAUGUCACCACUUAUGAUAAUGUGCUGUUCAUAAGUAUUUCUCAGUAAAUUGAGGGAUAAUUUUUGAGUAUCAUAUAUCCAGUAAUAACACUGUUGAGUGAUUUUGUUUUUGAGAACGUUCAUUUUAAAGAGAGAUGAUUCUACAAUUUAAAAAAAUAUUUUGAGUUCAUGAACAGUGGAACUAUUUUUAUGUAGUUUGCAUAGAAAUUAUAAACACAAGUCUGUAAUAAAAGUUUGUUUUACACAGUUCAAACCAUUCCUUUUGUGUAAUCACACAGAUUUAUUGUUAAUGUUAAUGUUUAUUGUUGUUGUUGUUGUUGUUGUUGACAUGUUGUUUAAGAUUAACUCUUUUUAUUGUUUGCUUCCACCGUGAAUUAUAUAUUUCAUUUGGAGUUAUAGAACAUUUAGUAGCCAAAUGUUCCUGUUUGUUGAGAGUUUUUGGAGCAAGCUUUCAGCCAUCAAGGUAUUGUUGGCUGGAGGUCCAACCCCAGUGUUACAAUGUCUCAUUUCUUAACUUAGAAACAAUGUUGUAAUGUGUAGUUAAGAUCUGAUACCAGUGCUUUUAUUACGUCCAAUAAUCUUAUUGUUACGAUGAAUACCUGUCAGUCCUCACCAAAUCAUUUAUGCAUGCAAAUUAUAUUAUUUUUACCAGGUGUUAAGAAAUAAUGAGACUUUUUUCAGAACGAAAUGUAAGGCACCUGAAUACGACUUUUUAAAGUGUGAAUUUAAAAGAAAUUUUUAAUUUGUUUGAUUAUUAAGAUACACUGUACUUUUUUGUGUGCAGUAUUUGAUUGCAGGAUCUGAUGUCAGUUUGGAUAGUGUUGAUACGUAAUGUGCAAUAGUAUAUAGAUCAUUGAGAACAUGUGUAAAUAGCCUGUAUAUGUAGUGUCCUGAAGCGUUGUGGCUGUGAUUUGUACAUACAAGUUCUGCUGAUAUGUCGUAGCUGUUUUUAAAAC